GAUUCGUUCAUGAUGUCGCGUCGCCUCAUCCGAGAGGAGGGGCUGCUGUGCGGGGGAUCGUCGGGCGCGGCCGUCUACGCCGCCGUGGCGGAGGCGAAGCGGCAGCGGCUCGGACCGGGUAAGCGUUGCGUCGUCAUUCUUGCCGACAGCGUCCGGAACUACAUGACCAAGUACCUCAGUGACGAGUGGAUGUACGAGCAGGGCUUCGCGGCGACGUGCUCCCAGUGGAGCGAGCGCAUGGCGAGGUCGUGGUGGGCCAGCAAGAGGGUGUCGGAGCUGGAGCUGCAGACGCCGCUGACUGUCUCGCCAUGCGUGACCAUCCAGGAGGCGAUCGACAUCCUCAAGAAGCAGGGGUACGACAUGGUGCCGGUGGUGUCCGAGGACAACAAGAUCAUGGGCGUUGUAACGGAGGGCAACCUGAUGGCUUGCCUCCUGAAUGGGAGGGUGCAGCCCGAGGAUGUCGUGGAGAGCGUCAUGUACAAACAGUUCAAGAAGGCGAGCGAAAGGUUCCCUCUCGCACCCAAGCCUACCGGGAGCAGCGUGGGGCUGCAAACGCCCUUGGAGGAGCUGGCCCACUGGUUCGACCGCGACCACUUCGCGCUCGUGUGCACGGAGCAGCGGUCGUACACCGGCGGGACGUACAGCACGAUCACCGUCAUCACUGGGGUCGUGACCCGGGUCGACCUCCUGAGCUUCAUCGCCACCAGGGGCGGCGAGAGCCCCGUUUCCAACGUAAGGGCGCCGCGAGGGACUGUCGGCUGUGACCGCUCAUCAACGUACUUGUAGAACGAACGUAUGUUGUAUGAACCUCUCGAACGUGAGCGCGUCGAGGACUGGCGUCAUGAACAGCGUGCGUUUCAGAACAAACCGAUGGAGUAUUCAUGGGAAGGAUUAACGCGAACCAUCCGCUUCUAUGGUUGUGCGGAGAUGGUGCUCGUGCGCUGCCCCUGAAUCUUGGCGCGUACGAACGUCGCGCCGAAUGUUAAUACUUGACGUUGAGACGAUCUGUAGGCAUUUGUGGCAGGGUGGUCGAAGGGGCGACGAACGAGGUGCUGCGUAGGUGAGCUUGGCUUCUUUUUUUUUUUGCUUUGUCUCUGUUGUGUCGUGUGUCGGGGCGAAGGGCCCCGUCUCUAGACAAGAGUGAUGCGGGCCAACGAUCGCACCUCGGUGUACAUUCAGCGGCUGCUUGGUAUUGCUUGCUGUAUGAAGAGCGAGGCUUGCCGUACACGUGGCAACUACCGACCUCGUUCGUAUUCGCUCCCGCCCCACCACGCCACACGUGUCACCUGUUUUCAACCUACGUCAAGGCUGUCGGCCGAGCUUCACGAACGGUGUGGACCAGAGAGUUACCUAGGCUCCCGUCAAGGCUAUCGGUAGAACUUUAUGCGCGACGCUUUGGACCAGAGAGUUCACUAUCCGUACAUCCAUCCUGCUGUUCACCGCGCGUUGCCAUCGUCGUUGCCCAACAGGCGGCGGCGUGACCCAG